CUUCAAACCACUUCAAUUGCUGUUGUCGAAGACCAAGUACGGGCUCAGCAUGCAGCUGCUCAUCUUUGUUGUCGUUGCAGCGCUAUCUCGACCAUGUCGCGGUCGCGAGUCGGCGUUUGAUGUUGCUGGAAGGCUUCCGUCUUGCGCGGCCUCUUGUCUCUACCGAGUCGUUUCGAAUUCGACCAGCGCGAUCACCGACAUACAGUACAUAUGCUUCAGCCAUGCGGUCCAAGAGGAAGCCAGCAAAUGCAUCGAGAGUUCAUGCACUUUCUCGGAUGCACUUUUUACCAAGAAUGCCACCGAGACAGCGUGUAAUGCCCUUGUCCGAGACAGAUCGAAUCGAUAUAACGCGACAAUCAUUCCAUUGGGCGUGAUUGCUCUCGGCAUCACGAUCUCACGCCUGCUUUUCAAGCAGUUCGCCAGCCGCGCCCAAGCCCUCAGCUCGGAUGACUGGGCAAUCAUGGGAACAUUGGGUGUCUCCGUGUCAAGCUUGGUGAUCAGCGUUGAAGGGCUGACAACGUAUGGAUUAGGAAAAGAUAUCUGGACACUGACGACUGCUGAAAUCGCCAAAUUCGCUCUUUAUUUUUAUAUCAUGUCGAUCCUUUACACUUUGGCGAUGUCUCUCAUCAAGUUGAGCUUGUCCUUAUUCUAUCAGACCAUCUUUUUUGGCAACAUCAGUCCAUACAUUCUCUGGGGAACAAUCACGGUCAAUUUGCUCUACGGCAUUGCCUUUGUCCUUGCGGCUAUAUUCCAAUGCUCGCCAGUUGACUACUACUGGAAACAAUACCUCGACGGAUCCAAAGGCCAAUGCGUCGAUAUCAAUGCUCUCGUGUGGCUGAAUGCAGCGGUUGGUGUUGCUGUCGAUCUCUGGAUGAUUGCUGUACCUCUGAGCCAGGUUAUUCACCUUAGGCUACAUUGGAAACAGAAGAUUGGAGUCGUGAUCAUGUUUUUGCUCGGAACAUUCGUUACUGUGGUUUCUGUCAUUCGUUUACAAACGCUCGUUCUCUUUGCGAAGUCAAGCAAUCCGACUUGGGAUUAUUGGAACGUGGCAGUAUGGUCUGUUAUUGAGAUUCAUGUCGGCAUGAUAUGCACUUGCCUACCAACUCUUCGCUUGAUCCUAGUUCGCUUGUUUACUAGAACCUUCGGAUCCGUGGACUCGGUCGAGUACAAACACCAGACCGGCAACCAAGAUGCAAACACGCAUUGGAGCAAGGCCGCCAGAGGAAGUGAACUUGCACAGAGGACAACUAGGUAAUGCGAACUUGCUCAGCUGCGGGAAAGCGCUCCCAGGGUCGAGCCUCCACUGGAUCGGGUCAUUCAGUUGCUCCGGCUGAAGCCCAUAGUAGCGUUCAAAUUCACUGCCUGUUGCUGACACCAUAGACUGCUCGAACUUGCUUUGCUCCGGCCGGGACAAUAGGGAGGGCGUGGCGGCUAUGCUCUCCUUAGCGAUAUCAUCGGCGUUUUGAGUACCAACGCUCAAAUCAGCGUUUUUUCAGAGACACAAUACGGGAUAUGUCAAGAUUUCAAAGUUAGCGGAUAAUAUAGUAUCUCGAAACUUCAUAUCUGUUGAAGGACCAGGCCGGGCAUAUGUACUGUUGAAUUGACACCUCGUGCAGCGGGAAUAAAGACCGG